AAAUUUCAGGCUACAUGGAUGAAUGCCAACUUUUGCAUUUCCCAUGUGCAUCCCAUGACCAUUCUAUCUGGGAACAUUCUUCAAAGAGUUCAUGCAUCUUACUGAGGACACCUGACCUUUUGAAGCUGCAUAAUUCACAUCUAGAUGUCACCAGUCUUUCCCAUGUUAACAGUUCUGACUAUGUUUUAUUAUAUAUGCCUUCGGCGCCGAGCCAGGACAGCUACAAGAGGAGAAAUGAUGAACAACCAUAGAACUAUAGAAUCAAACAGCCGGGCUUCCCCUCUCAAUGCAGAGGUGGUCCAAUAUGCCAAAGAAGUAGUGGAUUUCAGUUCCCAUUAUGGAAGUGAAAAUAGUAUGUCUUAUACCAUGUGGAAUUUGGCAGGCGUACCAAAUGUAUUCCCAAGUUCUGGUGACUUUACUCAGACAGCUGUGUUUCGAACUUAUGGGACAUGGUGGGAUCAGUGUCCCAGUGCUUCCUUGCCAUUCAAGAGGACGCCACCUAAUUUUCAAAGCCAGGACUAUGUGGAACUUACUUUUGAACAACAAGUGUAUCCUACAGCUGUUCACGUCCUGGAAACCUAUCAUCCUGGAGCAGUCAUUAGAAUUCUGGCUUGUUCAGCAAAUCCCUAUUCCUCAAGUCCACCAGCUGAAGUAAGAUGGGAGAUUCUUUGGUCAGAGAGACCUACGAAGGUGAAUGCUUCCCAGGCUCGCCAGUUUAAACCUUGUAUUAAGCAGAUAAAUUUUCCCACAAAUCUUAUACGACUGGAAGUAAAUAGUUCUCUUCUGGAUUAUUACACUGAAUUAGAUGCAGUUGUGCUACAUGGUAUGAAGGACAAGCCAGUGCUUUCUCUCAAGACUUCACUUAUUGACAUGAAUGAUCUAGAAGACGAUGACUAUGAAGAAAAGGAUGGUUGUGGAAUGGACAAUCUUAACAAAAAGUUUAGCAGUGCUGUCCUCAGGGAAGGGCCAAAUAAUGGGUAUUUUGAUAAACUACCAUAUGAGCUUAUUCAGCUGAUUCUGAACCAUCUUACUCUACCGGAUCUGUGUAGAUUAGCACAAACUUGCAAACUGCUGAACCAGCAUUGUUGUGAUCCUCUACAAUACAUUCACCUCAAUCUGCAGCCAUACUGGGCAAAACUAAAUGACAUCUCUCUGGAAUUUCUACAGCCUCGAUGCACUCUUGUCCAGUGGCUCAAUUUAUCUUGGACUGGCAAUAGGGGCUUCAUCUCUGUUGCAGGAUUUAGCAGGUUUCUGAAGGUUUGUGGAUCUGAAUUGGUACGCCUUGAAUUAUCGUGCAGCCACUUCCUUAAUGAAACUUGCUUGGAGGUUAUUUCUGAGAUGUGUCCAAAUCUACAGGAUUUAAAUCUUUCCUCCUGUGAUAAACUACCACCUCAAGCUUUCAUCCACAUUGCCAAAUUAUGCAGCCUUAAAAGACUUGUUCUCUAUCGGACAAAGGUAGAGCAAACGGCACUGCUCAGCAUUUUGAACUUCUGUUCAGAGCUUCAGCACCUAAGUUUGGGCAGUUGUGUAAUGAUUGAAGACUAUGACGUGGUAGCUAGCAUGAUAGGAGCCAAGUGUAAAAAACUCCGGACGCUAGAUCUGUGGAGAUGUAAGAAUAUUACUGAGAAUGGAAUAGCAGAACUGGCUUCUUGUUGUCCACUUCUGGAGGAACUUGACCUUGGCUGGUGCCCCACUCUGCAGAGUAGCACCGGGUGCUUCGCCAGACUGGCACGCCAGCUCCCCAACUUGCAAAAACUCUUUCUUACAGCUAACAGGUCUGUGUGUGACACAGACAUUGAAGAACUGGCAUCUAAUUGUACCAGAUUGCAGCAACUGGACAUAUUAGGAACAAGAAUGGUAAGUCCGGCAUCCUUGAGAAAACUCCUGGAAUCUUGUAAAGAUCUUUCCUUACUUGAUGUGUCCUUCUGUUCACAGAUUGAUAACAGAGCUGUGCUAGAACUAAAUGCAAGCUUUCCAAAAGUGUUUAUAAAAAAAAGCUUUACUCAGUGACUUGAUAUAGAUUCUGUAGUAAGUUAAUAUGCUUUUGUAGGGUUUUAUUUUGGGGUUGGUUUUGUUUUUUGUUUAGUUUUUCUAAUGGUAAGAAUUAAGACAUUUGUAGAUUUAAAAAUAUGAAAUUAUCCAUUAAAUCAAGUAAAAAUGUACACAAAUGUUUUCACAAAAUAUUGCAAGCACUUUUCUUCAAGAAUAUGUGAGUGGAUGAAAUUAUUUUUACCUUAUGUUAAUCAGUGAUAUGCUUUAAUCAAUAAUUAUAUUAUUAAUAAAAGAAUAACAUGGAAACAUGUUAACUUAUUUUUAAAGGAAUACUUUGAGCAAUACAGUAUCAUGAUGUUUAUGCAAAAAA